GAAAAAAGGAACAAAUUGGAAUAUUUUCUCUCUCAUUCUCUUUCCAUUCCCACUAACUCAUUCUUAAAGGAUUUGUCUUGCCCUUAGUAUUUCCUCUCUCAGAUGAAGACAAUCAUGGCAAAGAAUAUCCAGGACCCUGCUUCCAAGAGGCAGUUUCACUGGACAACCAAGGUCAGUAAUGAAGAUGAAGAGGUUUCAACCAAGUCCUGCUCCAAAGCUAUUGAAGAAGUAAGAGGGGAGAAGGAUAAGGUGCCUGUAGACUCAAAUUCUUCAAAGAACCUUCUAGAGCAGGUGAAAAGGGAAGAUGAUAAACAGGUGCAAGAAUCAGCAGCUACUUCUGCUAAUGCUACAAGGAAGAAACUGCAAGCAAUAGCAGUUUCUAGGCUGCGCUCUGUUCUGACGGCUUUUGGUCGACACAGGGCGCAUUUUCAGCAAGGUCUUGGCACUAGAGUGGUGGGAACACUCUUUGGCAACAGAAGAGGACACGUACAUUUUGCAUUCCAGAAGGAUCCCAAUUCACAACCAGUCUUCUUGAUUGAGCUUGCUACACCUAUAACUGGAUUGGUUCGUGAAAUGGCUUCUGGUUUGGCUCGGAUUGCAUUGGAAUGUGACAAGGAAGAAAAGAAGAGCACAAGACUACUAGAAGAGCCUCGAUGGAGGACUUACUGCAAUGGAAAGAGGUGUGGCUUUGCUACAAGGAGGGACUGUGGACCAAAAGAAUGGAAUAUAUUGAAGGCCGUGGAGCCCAUUUCGAUGGGAGCAGGAGUUCUGCCUGGAAAUGCAGAUGAUGCUGCGGAGUCUGAUGGAGAACUGAUGUACAUGAGAGCUAAGUUCGAGAGAGUUGUUGGUUCUAGAGAUUCGGAGGCAUUUUACAUGAUGAAUCCUGAUAGCAAUGGAGCUCCUGAACUCAGUAUUUACUUGCUUAGAGUCUAAACAUCCACCGGAAGUUCCACUGAUGCAAGCUGCUUAGAUAGUAGUUUUUCUUUUCAGUCUUUUCGUUCUUUGGUAGAGGAGGAAACUAAGGAUCAUCCAGAACUCUGCCAUGAACAUUGAGGUUUAGUUGCCUUGGAUGUUUCUUAACAUGGUCUUUUCCUGUUUUUGUAGUUAUAGAAUGUCAAGAAACUGUGUUUGCUGUAAUUUUUAGUUUUGGGGUGGAAUGGAAACUAUAUAUUACUUGCCUAAAUGUAGAAAAGAUUCAUGAGUUGGUUUCUUA